AUGCCAGCAAAACGAGAUCCCGGUAGACCUGUUUGGUACCAUGCUUCAACAAGUCCGAGGUCCAGCCAGUCUUUGCCUACACAUGCUGGCAGUGAAGGCUGCUUCAGUGCCGAUGCGCUGGAACAUCUCUCGGCACACAGUGACGUUGGGUGUCAGGAAUUGAAAAGCAUUUCAUCAGGCAAGGACAACAGCGAGAAUUAUGUACUUCGAAGCUUUGAUUCCAGCAAUGUUAAGAGCGUAUUGGUAGAAGAAUGGCUCGCUACUGCUCAGAAGUCUCAGGAAAGUGCUUCCAACGCUUGUGAUGUUGAGAGGGAAUGUGUCGUGGUGAUCGAUAGCUACAUUGAGUCUCAAAGAAGGUCUCCUUGGCUUGACUGGGGAGAGUUUCCGCUGCUUCCUGUGGGAGACCCUCCUCCCAAGACUCCAGUUCUGAGUAGAGUGGAAGGAAUCUAUCCUUUUGCCAAGCUGCAGCAAGCGAGCAAGAUCUUUGGGGGGAGACUCGCGUCGGAUGCGUCGUUUUCGAGGCUAUCUUACGGUUCCUUCUGCUCGAAUGUGGACCUUGAGGCGAGCAAGAACCAAGAUGUAAUGGCCGGAGAAAAUGACCAAGAACAAGAGAGAGAAGCAUGUUUCCAAGAUAUUGAUGAGUCUAAGGUUCAAAUGAACGCCGAAACAAUCACGCCUGAAGACAUCAAGGCAGCUCAAGAAGUAGUGAGCAAAGACACGAACGUUCAGGACAACAGUAUAGCUACCUUGUGGAUGGGGUUGAACUCACAACUGACGGAGAUGAUGAAGCCAACGGAUCAGCUUUCGGAUUCUAGGGAGGGCAAGGCGGAGGCUGAAGGGCAGCAACUGUGGGGCAGUGCUCUCGAGGUCGCAAAAGACGUGUUCUCUCUCUUUUCUCUGAGCGACAGCCAUCCUCAUGGCCUCCAUAAUACCAGCAGUUCAGCCGUCUCCUUUCGCUCCCUCUCCCUCACUGAGAAGGAGUGCGCUUGGGACCUCCAGGUACUUGCAGGAGCAGCCGACGGAGAGUGGGUGAUCGACAGUCCGAGGCUCUCAAAGGGAAGGGAGGAGGGAAGAACAUUGGAAAAGGGAGAGAAGGAACAAGACAAGGAGGGGAAAGGGGAAAAGGUUGAGCAGGAAGAGGGGGAGGGCUGGUUCUACUCGAGCAACUUUCCUCUAGGGAAUGACAACAUAAUCCGUCAGCCGGUGAGCAACGUGUGCGGACCGUAUGACUAUUCGAGAUGGAGGAGGUGGCUGAGGCGGAGGGUGAUACGUGCGAUGGAGAAGUAUCAUGUCAGCAUCCAGUACAAGCAGGGAGAUCCAGUGGGUGACAUGCCAGAGGAAGCGAUACCCGCGGGCUCCCUUGCAGUCUGCAAUAUUUGCACCGAGAUGCUGCAUGUUGGGGUGUACAUCCCUGCAGACAAUGACACGUACCUCCUCCGAGCCGGAGAGGUCGUCUGCCUUGAGAUGGCAGCGUUCUGCAAAGUGAAGAGUGUGAAAGGAGAAAAGGCUUUGAUUGUUGCAUCGAGGAGGAGCAGUUACCUCCCUCCAAUCAUCACCAAAGAGAACCUGCAACGUCUUUGCGUCAUGGAUCCUCUCAAGUAUGUUAAGAAGAUUUUCAUCGCAGCAAUGCCAGGCCAAUACGCGACCGAUUACACGACAAUAAGGUCAAUUGCGCACGUUAUUGGAUUUGAUGGAGUGUAUGCCAUGAACAAGAUUUUCACGCUGGGAUGUUUGCUGGCUGCAAGUGAACUUGGUAUUCUUGACUGCUGUAUUUAUUCAGCAAGUUUAUCUGGAUCAGCAUGGCUACAGGUCGAGAACAUCUUGGCUAUGUGCGACAUCUCACAAAUCGAGUUUUGGCAGGCUUGCUGGAUGAAUAUGAAGGGGUCAUGUGCAGAAUCCUUGAAGUCUCUGCGACAAUGGCUGGGCCUCUGCCUCCAGCGGCAUCCUAUCUUGCAAGCAGCGCUGGCGGAGGGAGGGCAGGACGCAGUUUUGAUGGAAAGAGAUGUAAAGCUUGAGUUUGAUGUACAGACGAGGAAAGAAUAUAUGAAGCUCAGAGCAAAGUUGUUAACAUCGGCCAGUUCUUUCGGAGGGAGCGAGAAUCAGCCUCCGAUAGCUGCUGGUGCAGGUGAGGAGGAGGCGAUGGAGGAAGACGAGAACGGAGGAACCAUCCUGCUGUCGAAUCUUGGGAUAGAAACGUUCAAAAUGGAUUCAUCAAGCUUGUUUUGGAGUGACGAGCAUGUACGGGGAGUAGCUCAGCUGUUUGGAGACGCGAGUUUACAUGUGAACAAUUCCAUCAUGCAAGCCCAAAGCACCAUUCACUCUCUCAAGUUGCGGCAGGAAUCGCGAGAUGCGUUUGAGGAGGAGGUGAAGCAGUGGACGGCCUGGUCUUCGAGGCUGAGGGGAGGGAAGCGAAGUGCGAACUCGAGGAUGGAAGGGAUGAGGGGGGUGGGCGAUCUUUCUUUCGUCGAGAUGUAUGGCCUACUUGCUGCCAACGCUUGGCUGCCCCCUUGCCCGAAAGACAGGCUAUGGAGGAUGGAACGAGGCCUUUCCAGUCAGAUCGAAAGUCUACAACUUCAUGACAGGCCAUUUCCCCUCUAUGUAGCCGUUGGCAUCGACCAUAAGAAGGUUGACGGGGAGGAGAGCAAUGAGUAUCAUUGGUAUGAAUUUUCUCCUUUCUCCUUCUCGUCUAGUCAGACUGGCAAAAGAAUUCCGAUUUGGUCGCUUGGAAGAAGUUUUCACUCAGGCAGAAGUUGUUCUGUCACUCCCGAGUUUCCUCUAGGAGUGUGCAUGGGCAUAUGGGGAGCUGCUUUCACAGCCAGCACAGAGGAGGUGAAGAAGAAUUAUCGGAAUACGUCUUCGAGAGCACAAAGUCGGAGGGAUGUUGUACAAAUCAUACACGACACCUUCAACAUCUUGGAUUCAAACUCGUCCGACCAGGCAAUCGACGAGGUGUCGCAAGUCAAGACAAGUUCUCGGGCAGGAUCGAUCAGGGUUGUGGAGCCCUUCCAGUGCUUCAAUCCUUUCUUCGAAGAUCCAUCACACCUUGAGGAGGAUCCUUGCACCGGUUGUCCUCCCAGCAAGCCUUCCAGCUCCUUCACGCAUCCUCACCACUUGACCGCUGCAGAUGCCGAGACGUCGGACCUCCGCCUGACAGAUGCUGGAAUUCACAUGAACGCUCCUCUCCCUGCUCUUCUGCGCAGGGAGCGUGCGAGUGACGUCAUAAUCCUGCUGGACUCCCGCUCGACGUCAGGAGAAGCUGAUGUGAACGAUUCGUUUGACGUCUUGAAGCCCGCGGAGGAAUAUGCGAAACAGAGGGACUUGCCGUUUCCUUCCAUCCGAGAUCAAGAUCUCAUCGAGAUCGGGAGGAGGAGAUGCACAGUGCUAGGCUUUGAGGAGGACAGCGCUCCAGAGAUCGUUUACAUGCCACUCGUGAAGAACGAAGAAGUCGAUGAAGAUCUGGAUCCUCUACAUACACCAUGGUGUGACUUCAUGGAAUUUGCGUAUGAGCCUGAACACUUCGAGAGACUGUUCCAGGAAACGCGCAGCGGCCCUGGCACGCGGCCGGUCGCCGAGGCUUGUCGAAUCGAGAGCUCAUAA